AUGUCGUCGGAUUUAUAUAAGCAAACUGAAAAAUCCCAGAAGGUGUAUGAAAGAGAGGCUAAGUACGGUGCUCACAACUACCAUCCAAUCGAAGUUGCGCUUUGUCGUGGGGAAGGCCCCUAUGUGUGGGAUGUUGAAGGAAAUAAAUACCUUGAUUUUCUGAGCGCCUAUACUGCUGUUAGUCAGGGACAUUGCCAUCCUAAACUUGUGGAAGCACUCAUUGACCAGGCUCAACAACUUACUCUUGUGUCGAGAGCUUUCUAUACUAACCUUCUUGGAGAGUAUGAGGAAUACAUUACCAAGUUGUUUGGAUACGACAAAGUUCUCCCGAUGAACACAGGUGUCGAAGGUGGUGAGACGGCCUUGAAACUAGCUCGAAAGUGGGGUUAUAAAGUUAAAAAAAUCCCACAGAACGAAGCUAUUAUUAUUUUUGCUGAAGGUAACUUCUGGGGACGGACAUUAGCUGCUUGUUCAUCUUCUACCGAACCAUCUUGCUACUCGGACUAUGGGCCAUUCAUGCCGGGCUUUGAAAUUGUUCCCUACGACGACAUUCCAGCACUUGAAGAAAAACUAAAGAACCCGAACGUGGCUGCUUUUAUGGUUGAGCCAAUUCAAGGUGAGGCUGGCGUCCGCGUUCCCUCCGAUGGUUAUCUUCGUAAAGUCCGUGAGCUUUGCACGAAAUACAAUGUUCUUUGGAUUUCGGAUGAAGUUCAAACCGGUCUUGGUCGCACUGGUCGUCGUUUGUGUGCUGACCACGAAGGUGUCAAGGCAGAUAUUUUAAUUCUCGGAAAGGCCCUCUCUGGUGGUCUAAUGCCUGUGUCGGCUGUUCUGGCUAACGACGAGAUUAUGCUCACUAUCAUGCCAGGAGAGCACGGUUCGACCUACGGAGGAAACCCACUGGCUUGCCGUAUUGCCCUGGCUGCUCUCGAGAUCCUUGAAAAUGAGCACCUGGCUGAACGUGCCGAGGCAAUGGGCAAAAUAUUUAGAGAGUCUAUGGCCACCCUGCCGAAAAACGUCGUCGCGUGCGUUCGUGGUAAAGGUCUCCUGAAUGCUAUUGUUAUCAACGAGAAAUACGAUGCCAUGGAGAUUUCCCUCAAGCUGCGUGACCACGGACUCCUCGCCAAGCCCACGCGAGAAACAAUCAUUCGCUUCGCCCCACCGCUUGUGAUUAGUGAAGAGGAGAUGAAAAGGGGAUGUGAAAUCAUUCACAAAGUUUUUAACAUGUACGCCGAUGCAUAG